GUCCUCCUACAUCGGCAGCACGUCGUCCUUGAACACCGCAAUCGCACCAUAGCAACUGACACACACAACGGACAUGCGAUGGCGGUGCCACGCCAUCUUUCCAUCCCCGCCGCGGAUCAGAUUCUAUGUGCAUUUUGGCUCCAUUCUGCCCCUUGGCCGUGGCCGUUCACCUGUUUGCAUCGAGCAUGUGUCCGGAGAUUUUGAGCCAGAGCUUCCAGAAGCCCUUGGCGGUGGCGAAGUCGCCCAGCAGCUUCAGGCUAUCGAUGUACGAGCUGUGGCUACCCGUCAGCUGGCCGAAGACGCUCCAGUUGUUGCGCAGAGGCAGAUCGCACGCCAUCUUGACCAACUGAAGGCGAAAUCCAGCCUUAUCAAUCGCGGACAAAAACGUAGAGAC